GUGACGUGAGCAGUGGAUUAUUAUUGUUGAGAUCAUGGAGUUGGAUGAUUGUUGUCGUUUGUGCAAAAAAGUCAUGCGGAGAGACGGUAUGCUACACCACUGUACACAACUUUUCCAGAGUUUAAGUAAACCGCUGUCAGUGGCAGAAAGAUUACAGAAAGUUGGAGUGAAGGUUUCGAUCACACCGGGGAAAUCCAAACGAGUCUGUCGAACUUGUACAUCGGUGCUGAAUAGACUGGAAAAAGAUCUGCCGAAUUAUUGGAGGUGGAUUGAAAACGAAGAGGAAGCAGAACGAACAGCUGCUGAAAGGAGAGUUAUGGAGCCUACUGCCCCCAGAACACCGACAGACUCCAACAAGCUCCGCCACAACACAGAGGAGCCGAGGAGGUCUGCCGCUCCUCCGCGGGAUAUAGCCGAGGAAUCGGUUGGGGAGUUAAAAGAAGCUGUUUCUGAACCCGGAACAUCCAAGGAGGCUGGAGACCCACAGUCUGCAGGAGAGUCCUGUCCCGUAAAGUCUGAGCUGGAAGACGAGCGUGAUGGUUCUGGAAACGAGACGGCGAUGAAAACAGAGCAUGAGCUUAAAACUGAGGAAGCUCCCUCAGAGGCAGCUUCCCCUGAGGAGGCGCUGAAAACGGUUCAAAUUGAGGAGUCAGAGGUUAAAAAGGAGGAGGACAAACCUGAGAACGAAGACGACGCGAAGGUGGAGAGCUCAGUGGAGACACCUGAGGGAGCAGGUGUCAGCGAGGACACACUAAUGGACACAACUUCUGAUCCUAAAGAGGACAUUAAAGAGACAAACAAUGAAAUGAAGGAAGUGGACGACAGCAGGACAGGUGCAGACGAGAGCAGGAUGGAGGACGAAGACAGCAGGGCGGAGGAGGAACAGGACAGCAGGACGGGUGGAGACAAGAGCAGGAUGGAGGACGAGAGCAGGAAGGGGGACGAAGAGAUUAGAGACAAGAGCAGGGUGGAGGAUGAAGAUAGCAGGGUGGGGGAAGACGAGAACAGGAUGGAGGACGAAGACAGCAAGGCAGGGGAGGACAAUAGCAGGGAGGAAGAUGAAGACAGCAGCGAGAAGAGCAGGACGCAGGACGAGGAAAGAAGCCCAGAGGAGGACAAGAGCAGAGAGACGGAAGACGACAACAGCAGGACAGGAGAGGAGAGCAGGACGGGAGAGGAUGACAACAGCAGGACCAGGGUAAAGAAAUCCUCGUUUGCCGUUAAGCUGGUUGCGUCUGCAGCGGACGACCUGGAUGAGAUGAUGGACAUCGGGACGGUGGAUCAGAUGGAGCAGGAGGCUCAGAUGAAGGAGGAGGGAGACCGUUCACCUGGAAACACAAACACAGCUUCAACCCUGGAAGAGGAGAACUCUGCUGAGGAGGAGGAAGCUGAUGUCAAACCAACAGCUUCGGAUUUGAUGCAGUCGAGUUCAUCUCCGUCUUCUGAAGCGGCGGGGAGCACAGGCAGGGACAGCUCCUCGCCUGCAUCUGUGGUAAACGGGAUGAAAGUGGUGAAGUUAUCCAUCCCCAGAUUAGAGUCGGUGAGGAUGACUGAAGAGAUGAAGUCGUCUCCUUCGCCUCCUUUGGCCAAAGUGAAGGACGAGCCGGUGGACGAGGAGUACGAACAGGCGCUGAUUUCCUCCACGUCUACAGCGAGCGUCAAAGAUGAACCCGCCAAGGAUGACCUGAGGAUCGGUUCGGUGUACUCUGUGACUCCAUCUGGAGACACGCGUCCCUGCAUCAGCCCUUCAUCCGUCCACAUGUCCUGCUGCAACUGCAGGAAGAACCUGCUUAAAGGACAGACGGCUUUCCAGAGGAAGGGCUCCCCGGCGCUGUUCUGCUCCACCGCCUGCCUCACUUCGUCGCUUCCAUCCAAAGGAGGAUCAAAGCUCUGUAACAACUGCCAAAAGUCGAUCACUCGGCCUCAGGAUGUGGUUCUAGCUUCAGACACAAACGGAACCAUGAAGGAGUUCUGUGGCCAGAGCUGCAUGAACUCCUUCAACUACAAGAAACAGGGGCUCAGCCUCCGCCCCGCAGAUGCACCGCCAAAAACCCCGCAGACCCAGUCGCUCUGCAGCAUGUGCUCCAGAUUCAGCACCAGCAAACACGAGGUGAUACUGAGGGGCACCAUUCACAAGAUGUGCAGCGACUCCUGCUUCAACCGUUUCCGCACCCUCAACAACCUGACCAUGGCCGGCUGCGCCAACUGUGGCUCAUACUGCCAGAGCAAACCCGUCAUGCUGAAGCUAGACGAUAGCAGCAAAACACUGUGCAACAUGGACUGUUUGGCCAAAUAUAAGGAGAAAACCAAGGUGAUUUUGCAGUGCACCAUGUGCCGCACUCCGCAGAUGCUCCACCAGAUGACCAGCAACAAAAACAGCGACGAGUCCGUGAACAUGUUCUGCAGCAACAGCUGUUUGAUGGCCUUUAAGGUCCAGAGCGUCAGUUCUUCAGGAGCUCGGUUGAACUGUGAUAACUGUGGUAAGAACACAGUACCUUCGUAUCACCUGGCCAUGUCAGAUACCUCCAUCAGGAACUUCUGCAGCAUGCCGUGCGUCAUGACUUUCCAGGACAAGUUCAAGAAGAAUCAGACGCAGGUGAAUGCUUUCACCAAGCUACCGGUCGGAUCCUCCCAGUCCAAGAUCGCCACUCCAACACAGCUGGUCGAUGCCAUGAAGCUCAACUGCUUCCAGUGCAGCCAAGUCAUCACGUCUAAGCCUGAGAUCAUCCAGAUACAGGACAAGAUAGUUUUCUUGUGUAGUUCUGACUGUUCGAUGGAGUACAAGAAAGUCAACGCUGUGAUGAGUCUGUGUGAAUACUGCAAGAUCGAAAAGAUCACCAGAGAGGCCAAGAGAAUCAACAACAAAGACUGCUACUUCUGCAGCGACGGCUGUAAGCUCCUCUUCAGACACGAGCUGAGUAAAAACUGGGGGAAACACUGCAACUCCUGCGUUUACUGCCACUGUGCCUCCAAGAAGCUGGUGACGGCGCAGUACGGAGGCUCCAUCGAGGAGUUCUGCUCCGAGGAGUGCAGGUCCAAAUACACCAUGCUGUUCUGUCAUGUAGCAAAGUGCGACAGCUGCGGGCGUAAAGGGAAGCUGAAGCAGAGUCUUCCUUUGCUGGGAGAGGUCAAACAUUUCUGUGGCAUCAGCUGUCUGCUGAGGUUCUGUUGCGAUAAGGCGGCCACUCAGGGGGAGGUCCCGAAAGCUACAGGUGAGGCCACCCCCGUCAUCGCCAGCGUCAUGUCCCUCGCUGACCAAUCAGCUGGAAAAUCCAAUUCGGCAGAUAAAACAGCCCAGCCAAGCUCCAGGUUAAAGUCAAGGACUUCUGGAAACAUCAGCGUCCAGACGGACUCGCCCAAAGCUCAGCCCGCUGCUCCUCCUCCUCCUGCCGCUUCGGCUCCAAAGUUACUGAAGAACAAAGCUCUGCUGUGUAAACCUCUGGUGCAGAACAAGGGAGUUUCCUGCAAAACACAGACGGUCAGCGUGGAGGCGCAGACGGAUGACAUGCUUCCUAGAGUCAUUGUGCUUCCGGUUCCAGUUCCAGUUUACGUUCCUGUUCCCAUGAGCAUGUACAGCCAGUUCGCUCCCAAACCUCUGACCGUGCCUUUACCCCUGCCUGUGCCGAUGUUCCUGCCCGUGACGAUGAACAGCGCCGAGCGCAUCGUGGAAACCAUCCAGGAAAUCAAGCAAAAGAUCCCGUCGGAUCCGUACGAGGCGGAGCUCAUCCUGAUGGCUGAGAUGGUGGCAGAAGGAGACGAGGAAAAGAACGACAAGCCGGAGACGAGGAAAGAAAAAGCGUCGGGGAAGGAGGCAGAAAGUAAAGAGGCUCCUGCUCCGGAUGAUCACAUCAGUAACUACAGCGACGAUCUGGAUACGGACGACUUGGCCAGUUUCCUGAACAACUGGGAGGAAACCUCCUCUGACGGCGCCCUGAAGCUCCCCGGCCGGCAGCUCGCCUCUGAGAAGCUGAACCCAGUUAUGGACGUCCCCGCUGUUUCGCCUUCUGAACCAGAAUCGGAGCCGUUGCCGCCGCCGGGCCCGCCUCCUAUGGACAUCGAAGCUGAUUUCUCCAUCGAAACCCUGGAGCGGAUGGCCCGGCUGAGAGAGCACUGCAACAAAUCCCCGAGUCCCGCGCCUGUGCCGAAACGGAGGCAAGCUCAGAGGAAAGCCAGGGACAAGAGGGGUCGUAAAUCGCAGCGGUCGUCUAAAGCUACUGAAGAGAGUCAUCCUAGAACCUCGUCCAAGAAACCCAUUUCUGCUGAAAUCCUGAAGCUAAAGAGCGAGUACGGGAUCGACGCGUGGAAGCGUUGGAUCCAGUGGCGGCAGACUCAGCCCAACCUGGAGCAGCGUCGCUUCGGCUCGCGCCCUCUGGAGCUGAAGGAGGAUAUUCUCCGCUGCACCACAGCCGAACUCAGCUACGGUCUGUGUUGCUUCAUCACUGAGGUGAAACGACCCAACGGGGAGCCGUACUCCCCCGACAGCCUGUUCUACCUCUGCCUCGGGAUCCAGCAGUAUCUGUUUGAAAACGGCCGUGUGGAAAACAUCUUCAUGGAUCGAUUCUACUGCAAGUUCUCCUCAGAUUUCACCAACAUGCUGAAGAGUUUCAAACCCACCGUCACCCGCCGAGGAUACAUCCAUUCCCGGGUGGAGGAGGAGUUCCUGUGGGGGUGCAAACAGCUGGGGGCGUACUCCCCCAUCGUCCUCCUCAACACUCUGCUCUUCUUCUGCUGCAAGUACUUCGGCUUCACCACGGUGGAGCAGCACCGCCAGCUGUCCUUUGCACACGUCAUGCGCUGCACCAAAACCAACCCGGACAACAGCAAGACCACCUUCCUGCGCUUCUACCCGCCCAUUCCCAUAAACGAAGCCGAGUCAGAUCCAGACGCCGUUCCAGCGAAGAGACGCAAAGAAGAGGAGAGUAAGGAGGAAAUCCUGGAGAUGAUGGAGAACACUGAGAACCCGCUCCGCUGCCCAGUUAGGCUUUAUGAGUUUUACCUCUCCAAAUGCUCCGAGUCGGUCAAGCAGCGCACCAACAUGUUCUACCUUCAUCCUGAGCGUUGCUGCGUCCCUAACAGCCCCCUGUGGUUCUCCUCCACUCCUCUGGACGACGUCACCAUGGAAUCCAUGCUGACCCGCAUCCUCACCGUCAGAGAGCUGCAUCUCAGGACCAAGAAAGACCAGCAGGCGGUUUCUGACCCCACCUUUCAACCCGAAGACGAAGAAGACUCUGACUGAUGGGGAGAACCCAAGUGACCUUUUAGUGCUGGUUCAACCGCUGGUCUAAAUGUAAAUAAACUUCAACGUUCACUACAACUUGUUCUCAGUAAUCCAGAAAAGCAUUGUGCUGAGCUGCAGAAAAAUCCCAUUUCCUAAACUCUGAGCAAGAGUUGCACAUCUCCAAAUGCACACCGUCUCUGCGGCCCUGAAAGAUGCAGAGCUGAAUAGUUUAAACCCUUCUUAUUGAUACGGUUUGUUUCCUUCCACGUGUUACGAUUCCUAACAUUUCAGCGAACGCAAGUCUUCUGUGUUUUAUUUUUUUUGAAAGGUAAAUGAUGGAUUUCCACACUAAAGAUCUGGAUUUAUGCAAAAGAAUUAAGUUCCCAGAACAAUGACUGAUCUUUUUCCACUUUAUCCCCCCUAAAUCAGAAAUCCUGUGAUUUUAAAGAUGAAUGAAAAUGAUCAAAUAUCUUUAAAGAUAGUGAUGCUGGUUGGUUUCCUGCUUGGUUUAGAUAAACGUCUGCUCCAAAAUACCCGAUUCAAAUGAUCGGAUUAACUCUGUUAUUAUUUUACCUGAUCACUUGUAUAAAAAAAAAUAAAUCUAAAACAUGCAGGAUACUGAUCUGCCUUCUCUGUUUGGGGAAAAUACAAUUCUGAGACCAUUUUUAAGCAGUUUACACUAAUAUAUGAAUCAGAUUUGAGGAAGGAUUAUAUAAAGUAUUUCAUUAUCCCAAACUGCAUUGAGACUGUGAUGAUUGAGGGGGGCGGAGUCAAACAAUGUUUGUUCUCCAAACGAUUUUAAUGUAGCUGCAGGAGUGAAGUUUGGGAAAGGAAGCUCAAAUAUUAACCCAAAACAUGAUAUUUUGCCGUUUUUUGGUAUGAGGUUUUGAUAUUUUGGGAUAUUGUCUAAUCCUCAACGAGUCCUGGGGUCCUGAUGCUGGUGAACCGCAGCAAUCUAUGUGUAUCUUGGUUAUUCUAACCACCUGUCUUUAGAUUAUAGCUGUAUGUUUUCUAUUGUUUGUUCUCAUUUUUAAUAAAAUAUCUUAAAAGAAAAAGUA